CAAAACCCUCGCAUCAUGUAUUAAAUUUGUAGAGUAAGGCACAUUUGCUAGACAUCUCUCUCCUAGAAUCGGCGAAAAGUUAAAGCACUGUCUUUUAAGUCUGUACACUUCCGUUGCUAAGUAAUAUCCAGAUAUAGUAUCAGCAUUUUGCCCUUUAUUUAGUAGUUUCAUAUCAAAUAGGGUCUUCAUUAUUUCAGUCUCAGCUCAGCUAGCUUUCCUCGAUCCGAACUACUACUUUUCUGAUCCAACUGCUCAGAUCAGUUGAGUACUUGUGGCAAGAUACUGAAGAGAUCGAGAUCAAUGGAUUGUAUCAACUUCUUUGAAGGAGAAAAUUUAUGUGAUAUUUCAUGGGCUACAAGAAACUACGCAUGUAGCUUUUGCAAGAGAGAGUUCGGGUCUGCUCAAGCUCUUGGGGGUCAUAUGAAUGUCCAUAGAAGAGACAGAGCUAGGCUGAGACUCCUUCCUCAUACCCUUUCUUCAGAAAUGUGUCCUCAAAACCCUAACCCUAGCUCUUAUUUUGCUACUUCAUCGUCCUCAUCUCUUUCAUCAUGUCAUUCCUUGUUUUCUCCUUCUCUGAGGACUCGGGUCUCUGCACCUUCAUCAGCUUCAUCUAUGGAUGAAAAUAAGAAACUGAGAUACGACUACUGGCCGGAAAAUCACUUUCCUGAUCUGAUUCCCAAGAAAGGCAUGGGAGGUGGUGUUGAGCAUGAGGCUGGACACACAUUUAAGGGUUUUGCACAAAGAGAUGAUGAGUACUUCAACAAGAUUGAUCUGGAGAAAGAGAAUAAUAUAAUUAGGGUUGACUUGGGGUUGGACUUGGAUUUGGACAUAGGGUUGCUCAAAGAUCACAAGGAGGAAGUGGAUCUGGAACUUCGACUUGGGCAUCUUUAGGUGCAAUAUUCUUACUUUUGGGGUUUCUCUAAUUACAAUGAAAUUAGAUCAGAUGCUUUGAGAAGGCGGAGUUUUUAGAAUAGAUCUAUUGCGAUGAUUAAAUAUAUGUCUGUGCAACCUUCUAUUUCUGCUUUUUUUGUCUUUAUUUCUCAGUUAAUUUCUUAAGUACUUAAGCUACUAAUCUACUUCAUG